GCAGGGUGGAUGGGAAGUGGAUGGUAACGUUACGGGAGUCUUAAGGCAAGCCAGACAGAGUAGUCGGUUACUAGCUUUUUGUAAACCAUACAGGGCUCAAAACAAAUCUGACACAGCGCACAUUUUUCUCUAAAGUUAAGCUAUCCAUUUUUACGUGUCACCAAGUAGCUGUUAACUUGCAAGUCUAGCUGGUUAGCCGGAUGGCUAGUGAGAGUGAACUGUUAUACAUUGUCGGACAAUCAGCUAGUGUUACUCCGGCUAAUGCUCCUUAAGCCAUCUUGCUGUCACUGACAUGACUCCGUGCGCUGACGGCAUGAGAUGUCUGCAUAACUUUUUAUCUGCUGAACAUUUAAUUGCUACAAAAAUUCCACUAUGGACAGCGAACGCAGCAAUUGCAGGCCCCAGAUUGGAGACAAUAGCAAGCUAACCUAGCUAGCAAGCUGUCGUGGCUACUAAGCUUGCUGAAAGCCGUCUUGCCUGGUGUGUGUCUGGAGCCGCACUGAAAACGUCGAGGUUUAACCAGCCAAGCUCUGCCUCUGGUACCUGCACCAUGGAUCAGGAGGAUAUGACAGACCAAAUCACAACAGCUGAUAGCCAACCAUUGUUCCACAACAAAGACCUGACUAGGACUGACCAAGACUCAGCACCCCAGCAGCCCAGCUCAAACAUCAUGUCUUCACAACACAAAUGGGAGAGCAGCUGCACAGAAGAUACUGAUCUGGUCAUAACUGAGGAUGGGCUCAGUAAUGGCACCUGUGAAGUUGAGACUGUGGUGGCAUUACACUGUCCUGGUGACAAUGAAGAUGUUGCUGCUGAGGGUGACCACCUUGCACUGAGCAACGAUGGAAUGUCUGAGUUUUCUAACAGUGACCUCUCCCUGCCUGAGGUCUGCAUUUCCACCAACAGCAAUAGCUUUGAGGAGGAUAUGAACUAUGAGGUCCAGCAAGCUUAUAGGAUAUUCACUGGCUUUCUCUUGGACAAGCACAAAGGGAUCACCAGUCCGUUCCUCCAUCCCAUUGGCCACCAGGAGGCCCAGCAUGGUAUUGGAGGGGUCCGGGGCUGGGGUCAGGCACAGCUCAAGCAGUCAAUGUGCUUGCAGAGGAUGGAGGACAAGUUUAUAAAUCAAGAGUAUGAGACCAUAACAGAGUUUGUUGCAGACUUCAGGCUGAUGUUGGAGAACUGUUAUCGCUACCAUGGGGUUGACCACUGGAUCUCCAAACAGGCUCAAAAGCUGGAAAUCAUGCUGGAGCAGAAGCUUACAUUGCUAUCCAGGACGCUGCGAGAGAAGACAACCUUGGCAGUGACUUCAAAAGGACGUUUUGGUGCAGAGGAGGAACGGGCUUCAGGGGGCACCUCCACGAGGAGGAGACUGGCACCUCGUAGCCUGGCUACCAUCACUGUUGGUGGGCAUGAGUCUAUCAUGGUCCAGACCCUUAGGCUGGAAGAGCAACAGAGGGCCAAGGACGAGAAGAGGCAGCGUGAACUUGAGAAGAAAGAAGCAGAGGAAAUGUCAGCUAAAGAGGUGGAAGAGUGGGAGCAGACUUUGUUGGCACAAGCUUCCCCCCACACUGUGGACUCGCUUUGGGAACUCCCUGCUAUAGGGCACUUCCUCUGCCUGGCUCAGACUGCCCUUAACCUCCCAGAGAUUGUAUUUUUUGAGCUAGAGCGAUGUUUGCUGAUGCCCCGCUGCAGCCCCCUCUUGUCCAAAAUCAUGUCUUCCUUACUGUCCCCACCCCAGCGGAGGGCCACUCUACACCGCCGGCCUGCCCUGCCUUACCGCCGCUGGGAGUCAGAGCUCAGGCAGCGGGUCAUGGGCUGGUAUCGAACUAUUGGUGCCUCCAAUGAUCAACCAGGGCGGGCUGAGCAACUGGGACUCUGCCAUCAGUUUUUUAGCAUCCUUGGGGAGGUGAGUCCUUUGGAAGGGAAACCUUUUCACUUGCUGCACUUCUACCAGCGAGUAUGGCUUCUGAAGGGGCUGUGUGAUCAUGUGUAUGAGACGCAGAAAGAUGUGCAGGAUGCUCUGCUGUCCCAGCCCAUCCAUGAAUGUAGGGAGUCUAUUUUGGGCUAUGACAGCAAGGAGAAUGCUUAUAUACAUUUCCCACAUUUCUGUGGGGCAGACCUGAGGAUCUACUGCCAGAGCCCCAGCACACCUCCACCUUUCCCUUUCCCUUCUGUAUGGGUCAAAAAGGUUGAAAUAGAACCAGGGACAGAGUCAGAUGAAAUGAAGGAUGAGGGGGUUAAAAAGGACAGGGGGUGUUAUGAAGGCUCCAUGGAUACAGGAGAGUCUGAUGAUUUUGGUAAUGGAAGAGCAGAGAAACUUGGGGUUUUCAAAGGGGAAAAUGGGGAUGGAGAAGAAAAUAAAGAGAGAUUUACACAGUGGUCACUUAAGGAAGAGGAAGGGUCUGAAUCAGGUUCCUCUGAUGGAGAAUCUUGUGAAGACACUAAAUUGGGCUUAAAAAUACGCACUAACUCCUUAUCCCUAUCACACACCAGUACUAUUGGAUGUAUGGAUAUUAAUUUGAAAGAAGAGACUGUAGAGUGGGAGCAUCAAUCCAAGCAACUUGCGUUAAAACCGCAGCAGGGGUUCUCAUCGUGCUCAAUGCGCACCAUCAAAGCAGAGACACACGAGCCCUGUCUGAGUGUAGGGGAGCACAGCUACACAGGUAGGUCACCUGCUCGCUUAGUGAAUCUGGCCCCUACAAAUAAACUGGCGGGGCUCACAAUGGAGGGAGGAAGUCCCGGUCAGGGAAACAAAAGAUCUUCCUGGUUGGAAUGUUGUAAAAGCCGAACUAGACAUUUUAAAUCUGAAGAGCACGACUGCUGCUGUGGCACAUCAGGGCUAGCAACACAGUUGUCUUCUGAGAGUGCUCAAAACUCAAGUGAAGAAAGGGUAUAUGACAAAAUCUGGACUCAAAAAAAAAAGCGGAAGAAAAAGCGAGGGAGGGAACAGCUGCUGAUGGUGAAAGGAGAGCAUAAACAUCUGAAGGAUGUGGACAGGAUGAGGCUGUCCCCAGCUAAGGCUGCCAAGUCUGCAGUACGGAGAGUUGCCCCAGCAAUCAAAAGAAAAGACAAGAAGAAAAAACAUAAAACAGGCAAAAAGCUUGAAUCUUCAAAGAAAAUUAAAGAUGAACUUCCAGUUGAGCCAUCAUUUAAGUUGGUAUGCACCAGUCUUGAGGAGUUGCGAGAGCUGAUCAGUAAGACAGAAGAUGAGCUUGAUGAACUUGAGAGCACCAAAAAGAGAUUGGGUCGGUGGUAUUAUAGGAGAGGAGCAGUAAAAGACCUCCACAGCACUCUAAUCAGACUACUGAAUGAGCUUUCACCCUGGGAACCAAAACUAGUUAAGGCCUUCCAACGGAAUAGGCUUCGUUUGAAGAAGGAAUUUGAUGAUUUCAAGAGGCACCCAGAGUACAGUAACUUUGUGCGUGAGGAGUGUAUUUCGUCAUCAUCAUCAGAUGAUGAUGAAGAUGAAGAGAGGCGUUUGGGGAAGGAGGUGUGUUCACCCUCGGAUCAUUAUAGGAGAUCAGAAGAGGAAGACCUGGAGCAUAUGGUUCCCAGAGGUCUUUGGAGUGGAGCAAGUACCAGGGAGUUUGUGGCUGAGUCUGCUGGAGAAAGAUCGGUGACCUACUUACCUCCCAGCCACCUAAAACACCCUCUGGCCAGCAUAGAGAAAGGAGUCGGUCUGCUGCCAAGAGGUCAGACUGGCAGCAGCAAUAGUACUUCAACCCCUGACUCUGGGUCACAGUCUAGACCUGAACUGACCCUGUCAAAUCAACCCAGGGAUUCUAACUCAGCAUGGGCAGCAAGGGCAUCAGCCCAGGCUUCACUGUCACUCAGACCCCCCAUCCUCCACCCCACCACUGGACUACCUAAGGGCUACACGCCCAUCCCCACCCUGCUGGCUAAGAGUGUGGGAAACAAAGUGACCUUAAUGAAACGGCCUGCUGAUUUCCAAGGGGUCAGCAACAUAGACAGACAGAGCAAAAGGUCUUUGAUCUCUCUGCCUAAUUCUGCAGUGACUACCGCAAAACUUUCAAAAGCACAAAGUUCCCCAACCAGUUCCCAGCAGAACUCAAAACAAAUGCAGGCACAAGGAUUACAACAGACAGAAGUACUUAGACAGCCAGGUAUGACCACAGUGACGGCAGCUCUUCCUAGAUCACCCCAGGCCAAACCCAUCCAGACUGUACCAAAAAAUCCUGUCCAAGUGGUGUACAAGUUACCUGAGAGGCUGGGUCACCUUGUAAGGAAAGAUAAUAGUAGCUCAGUCAAGAUCUCUGUUCAUCCUGUCCUGGACCAGAACACUGGGGAGAAGAUCAUGCAGCAAGUGGUGAUUCUACCUUCUAACCUUCUCAUUCACAAAACAGAAGAAAAGCUGUCUUCUUUACAUCAGCAACAGUCUAAGGGCAUUCAGGUCCCAGUUUCUAAAGUGACCAACCCUUUAUGUAUGUCCACCAAUGUGCCUGGGUUUGCCAUUCCCGAACACAGAAUUCCAGUUCAGCAAGUGGCUCCCCUAAAAGAUGCCAGGACAGUGAGGUCCCCUUCUCCUUCGAUAUCCCCUCGUCUACAACAGAUAGCCCUAAACACCACAGGGUUCACAGGGGCACAAGUCUGCACACCCCAAGCUAGCAUAUCACAAGGUGUCACGCCAAACCCCUCACCCAUUACUUCUUCUAGUGCAAUUUCUACUAAAUCUCCAGACCCUAAACAGGAGCUAAAGACUGUGUGUAUUCGUGACUCACAGUCAAUCCUGGUAACAACUAGAGGAGGCAACACAGGCAUCGUCAAAGUCCAGACAUCCUCAGACCAGAAUGCACUUGGUUCUUUGCCAACCAGUCCAGUCAUCACUAUCUCACCUCAGUUUAAAGCCUUCCUCGUAUCCAAGACGUCACAGACUCUUUCUCCUUGUGCUCCCUCUCAGACCUCCCCUUGCAACAUCCCUACAGUGAAAAAUGUCUCAGUGGCCCAACCUCAAAAGCAGGUUCCUUCAGUAUUAAAGUCCCCUCCCGCUGUCGCAGCGCCAAUCCUUACUGCACUUACUGGUAGCAUUCCCAUCCCAGGAAGUGAGACUGCAGGUACUUCUGUUGCUUUAAGUCAAGGCUCCAACACCUCAGCUGGUUCUACUGUUGCAACAAAGAUUGGCCAGCUUGCACAGACAGCAGCUUCUGGCUCUCAUUCUCAAGCUUCAUUAGGAAAAAACACUGUUGUUGUCCCUUCACUGAGUAGUUCUGGUGUUCCACAAGUUCUCAAACAAGCAGAGUUCAUCAGCAAGACCGGUGUGAAACGGGCCAGUACAGAUGAGAGGUCCCAAAUCACUAAAUUCAUCCUGGUUACUCCCACUUCUUCCUCUGUCUCAAAUGUAGCCUUAUCAAAAGGUACACCCUCUUCCACAAAAUCACUUAAUUCAAGAGUCAUGUUCAUUAGCCAGCCCACAGCGACAUCAUCCACCACCUCUGUGGGAGGCAUUUCUAAGCAGGUGUUAGCAACAGGGACUAGUGGACAGCUGCUGACCACUUCAUUAUCAAGUCAGACUCUAAAGAUGGGAUUAAACCCAGGCCAACAUGUUGGCGGUGUCACCUCAGAAGCAUUUUCCAAGUUCAAGAACAUCACUCUUCCCUCAGGGGUUCAAAUCCAGCUGUCAGGGAAGACGACAGCCAUUGGACAGACCAUUGGUACUCUGUCACGUUCUCCUUCCAAGAGCACACCAGUGUCUGUCUCAGAUACAGGCCGUUCAACAGUCACCACCACUGGACUGGUCCCAGUCACAAAUUUAAAUGCCAUCACAUGCUGUUCUGCCCAGCUUUCUUCCCACGCUUCUCUGACCACCCGCUCUCAGCUCCAGGCUAUCCCUUCCUUCACCCUGACCUCCCAACCAGGCUCAUCUACAUCUACUGCUGUCACUUUGCCUGCAGGAAACAUGAUAAAGAAAGACCAUGGUAUGCCCGCAAGUAUACUGACCACCAACUCUCCUGCUCAGGUAACCCCAUCCGUGCAGACUAGCCCACCCCAAACCUCUACACCCACUCUUGUCCGUCAGCCUUCAAAUAUACAAAGUGACAUUGGUGAGGAAACCACUUCCUCCUUAUCUUCCUCUCAACUCGCUCUCAAUAAAACCCAAACACCUAUCUCCUCUGCAACAAACCCUAAUACCCCAUUCAGCACCUCUGCAACUGGCACAGUCCAGCAGAGGAUAGUCAUCAACACCUCUACACCCCUUGGUGCUGGCACACAGAUCCUCCUUAAUAAUGCACGUUUUGUAGUCCCUCCCCAGGGUUUGGGUCCAGGCAGCCAUGUUCUUAUCAUCUCUAGCCCUGCACCACAACAAGUGCCUACUGCCAGUGCUACCGGCACUGGAGCAUCAGUACCUCCCCAAGGUGCAAGCCAUGUCACUGUAGCCCCUGGAGCAACAGUUUUACCCCACACCCCAGCGAGGCUGCCUGGUGUGCCAGUCGUAAGUUCUCCUUUUGUAGCAUGCACUCCUGCUGUUGGUCCACCAUUGCUAGCAAACACUCCCAAUGUCACGCCAGUCCGACUAACAGGAACACCAGUCCAGGGUUCAACAUUAUUACCCAGUAAAACAAAUUUAGUGUCUGCUCUGCCUAGAUUACCGGCUGUGCAGGCUGCUAACUUUGCAUCACCUCUUCUAGGUGCACCCACUCUUGUCCCAUCCCCACCAAGGUUAGGCAGUGUACCAGCCCUAGUUUCCCCAGUAGUAACUAGUGCCCCUGUUCUCGGCUCAGCAUUGGCUACAAUCAGGUUAUCUGCUGGUACACCCAUGCAAGCUGAACGUUCAACCACCAUAUCACCUGUAGUAGCACCGCCCUUGUCCAUAUCGUCGGCCCCUUUAUCAUCCGUGUCUGUUUUACCCAGCCCGUCAGCCGUUGCCCUACCCAGCCCUGUCAUACCAGUUCCCGCACCCCUCUCCUCAGCUGCAGCUCCUGUGAUAGCAGAUACACCAGCUUUGCGUUGUUCUUCUCCUGCCCAGCAGGUGGUUUCAGUGACAGCUGUUGGCCCAGGCAUACAGUGCCAUCAGACAGCAGAUGGAAUUGAAGCACCUUCUGCUGCUUCAUCACAGGCUUUAAUUCAUACGGGGCAAGGCAACACAUCAAUCAAAAAGACGGUGCCUGCAGUCACACAACCAGUACUCGCUGGCAUGCGAACCCAAGUACUGCCAACAGUGGCUGUCCCACCAAUUGUAAGUGCAGUGUCGAGGAUGCAGACGUUGCCCGUUGCUACGGUUCCACCAAUUGGAAGCACUUUCAACACCUUUGAAACAGCACCUGUGGUGAUGGCACCUUCAUCCAGCAGCACUAUAAUAGUCACUCCAGCUCAACCAAUCACAUCACUGAGGACAAGCAACACCAUCCACCAACCUGUUGUUCUGACCAAUCAAGCGCUUGGAAAGCACUCUCCGCAGACCUCUUGCUUAGGUAUGCAUACCAAUGUAGCAUCCAAGCUGCUCAUUAGUCCUGAUGGCGCUGUUUUGAACACAGUUCAGUGCCAGGUCAAUCCAGAAGAGCUGACUGCCUGCCCUAAACCAUUGGAUGCACUGGUGGUUUCCCCCAAUAGUUCCACUGGAGCACUACACACACACGAUUCCUCUUUACAGCCUUCACAGGCAGACAGAGAGUGCACCAAUUAACAGAGACUGUGCCAGCUCGGUGAGAACACCACUUUUCAGCUGCUUGGUUUUGGCAGGACUCAUAUCCAUUGCUUGUAGUAAUCUUGGGAUUAGUUUGCUAACUGCUUUCCAGCUGUAGUUUGACUUGUAACUUACAUUUAGGAUACAGUAGGUUAUACCCUCUGGUUAGAUCAUCUUAUAGGCAAACUGUAUGCUCAAUCAGACAUACUGGACAUGUAUACUGUGAUGGUUUUCUCAAGUGAAAAAUAUUGAGGUUCCCCUCAGAUGAAUGUUGGAGACUCUUGACUUUCCCUUUUUUUUUUUUUUUUUACUUAAUGGCCAGUAAGGACAACUGUUAACAACAAAUAAGUAGAAUGGAAGGGUAGAUAAAAUGAAUUUCAACUUGAGCUUUUGUAAUACUUUUCAAUGCUUCAAGAAGUAAUAAUUGGGAUACUAUUCAUUGGUACAAGUUGCUCUACUUUAUCUGUCAGUUUGAACAAUAAAACUGGCUGUAUCCAGAUUGUCCAUUGUUCUGUUACAUUGUCUAUUUCCAACUAAUAACUGUUUGACAACUACAUUUUCCUUUUUAGAAAUAUAAAUUAACUAAUAGAUGAAUUUGUACUACAUGUUUGAGCCCAUAUAAAAUGUUUUGAAGUCAUAUUUAUUUAUUUUUACCAUAUAGAUUUUUCAAAAGUAUUUACUAGGUACAUUUUCAUUGAACAAAUGUGGACGUUACUGCAUGGAAAUAAACAAUGCGACUGUCCCCAAAAA